AUGAGCUACCACGACCAGGGGGACGGCCGGCACCGCACGCCCAUCUACCGGCCCAAGGACAACUGCGAGGCAGCCUACGACCGGAGCCGCAUCUACGUGGGCAACCUGCCGCACACGGUGUCUGAGGAAGAUGUGCGGGACCUGGUCGAGCCCUACGGGGAGGUGAAGGAGGUGUACGUGAACGCGCAGAAGGGCUUUGCCUUCGUGAAGCUGGACAGCGCCCAGAGUGCCGAGGCAGCGGUGGCCAACCUGGACAUGAACCUGCGACGUGGCCGACGGCUGCGGGUGACCCCCGCUAGCAACGCCAAGGGCAAGCUGGCCAAGGCGAUGGGGCAGGGCGGGGCUGGGGUGCGUCCCCGAGACGAGAAGCCGGGGGGACGCUGCCGCUUGUUUGUGGGCAACCUGCCGGGUAGCACGAGUGAGGAAGAGUUGCGCAAGAUGUUUGAGGAGCACGGCGAGGUGCAGGAGACCUUCCUGAACGCCGAGAAGGGCUUCGGCUUCGUCAAGAUGGGCUCGUACGAGGCGGCGGAAGCGGCCAAGGCGGCCCUGGACGAGGCCCCCGUGGAGGGCCGGCGCAUCCAGGUGCGCUUCGCCACGCAAGGCACCUGCCUGAGCGUCCGCAACCUGGGGCCGUGGGUAUCCAACGAGCUGCUCGAGAGCGCCUUCUCCAUGUUCGGCGAGGUGGAACGUGCCGUUGUGGUAGUGGACGAUCGGGGACGUUCUGUGGGCGAGGGCAUCGUGGAGUUUGCACGCAAGCCGGCUGCGCAGGCGGCCCUUAAGCGCUGCCUCGAGGGCUGCUUCCUACUGACCAGCGAGCCGCGCCCCAUCUGGGCCGAGCCCCUUGAGUACCGUGACUGGGUGCUGGGACUGCCCGAACGCUCUGUGUCGCGCCGGGGGAGGGGCUACGCCCGCGAGCGAGAGGUGGGGCCCCGGUUUGCCCGUCCAGGCACCCAGGAGCACAGAGUGGCCGAGCGCUGGAAGCGCUUCCUGGACUUUGAGCGGGAGAAGCGGGACGAGCUCGAGAAGGUGCUGGCGGAAGAGCGGCGCAAGCUGGAGGAAGAGGUGGACCGAUACCGCAGGGAGCAGAUGGUAGAGCGCCCCUUCGGGCCCCCCGGGGGCUCGCCCUGGCAGGAUGGGCCCCACGACCAGUACGCCAGCUACCUUGGCUACGACACGGGCUAUCUCGGGGGCCCCCAGCUGCCCUAUGCCCAGUACCCCGGUGGCUGGAACAACCACCACCGGAGCCCCUACUGAGCAGACUGAGAGGGGUGCAGUGUGUGGGAGUGGGACGUUGUACUGGUUUCAUUACAUGCAGUUCGACACUUG